AACAUUUUAUCUCAUCUCGCUUGCUUUUGCCUACCAUGGGCUGCUGGGAGUCCAAGCCCAAGGAAACUAAGGCUCCGCCCCCGCCUUCGUCUCAGCCCCCUCCGUCUCAGCUCCCUCCCCCGCCUGCGCCUCGGCCCCCUGCUUCGCCACCGCCCCCGCCUCCUCCUCCCACCCCCACGUUGGAAAACUGUCAAGACCUUUUUCGAAAGAUCAACAACGCAGGCGACGUUGACUAUUUGAUAGAUCUCAUCGACGAGCUCUUGCAGUCUCUUCUAAACAGGUCAAAACAAGAAAAGACGUUACAGAGAAGCACUAGCUCAGAAACCUAUUCGGAUACACUCAAGGAUAGAGCGAAAUCAGUAUGGGCCUCCUUUCUCCAAAGUGGGUCUGUAUUCCUCGAAUUUCUGAAUAAGCAUAUUCAGCUGGAGAAGGAAGACGAAGGAAACAGACGAGCUGUUGCACAAAUAUUGGAAAGUGUGGGGAAGGUGCAUUGGGUAGUUGGAGGGCUAUCGGUCUUAGCUUUCUUGGUAGACCAAAUGGGUCAAAUCUCUGAAAACCGCAGUGAUUGCAUAGAACUCUUAAAACAAAUGAGUAAGCUUGCUGGGCAUAUAAGAAAGUUGAAGUAUGAUAUGCCACAAGAAUAUAAGAUAUUGAAUGAAGCGACUGUUUUGAUUGUUCAAGGAUCCAUGAUGUGCGCUUCUCAAUUAAAGUCUAAAACACUUUUUGGGUUUUUGAAGGCUUACGUUGACUCCAAAAGCUUGAACGCUCUACAACAGAAAAUAGAUCAACUGUAUCGGGAUCUUACAUUGAGAGUAGCAAUAGAAAUACGUCAUAGCCAGCCAGUUGAGUUCCCUGCAUGGAACCCUAUUUAUCCAGAUUAUGCUGUUGGCAUCCAAGACCAGAAAAAAAGAGUGGUAAGGUUGCUGGACUUGGAAACAGAAAAGUCACCACUGGCUGUAGUUAUUUAUGGAUUUGGGGGCAUAGGAAAGACCACUCUCGCCACUGCUGUUAUUGCGGACUUAGAUCUCACUGAUUACAACUAUUCGGCUGUUCAAAUUCAAGAAGACCCAUCCAGGAACGACAUAAAAUGUAUGCAGCAGCAAAUAUUGAAAGACGCCUUCCCAGCAUACACUUAUGACAGGAAUGUCACAUUGAGAAAUAGUGCAGAGGGUCGGGAUCAUCUCUCCAGUGCCUUCCAAGCACAAAAAAAUAAGCCAGUAUUUCUGUUUAUUGACAACGCUCUCCGCGCAGAGGACUUGCAAGAGCUUUUCCCAAAACGCUUGACAGGCCUUCCAAAGCGGAGCAGAAUUGUUCUCACAACUCGAAAUUUGGGUGUGACGGAUAUGCUCAAAGAACCCGGGCUUGUACGUCGUGAGCAUAGUGUGGGUACUCUACACGACCAAGACGCCGUCAAAAUUUUGUUCAGAGAUUCCAAUCACAAUAUUACCGGAGACGACACACAAAAAAUCCUGAAGAUCUGUGCUGGAAUUCCCUUAGUAUUGGAAAUUGUUGGUGCUCGUUUGCGUAAGCAGAACUACAAGGUAGAUAGAUGUACGCAAAUAUUUGAAGCCUUGGAGAGUGGAAAGGACGUCGUCGAAGAAAACCUGAGCCAACGUCUUGUCCAUUCUGUGUAUGGUGGGCUGGAAGCGUCUACACAAGAAGCAUUUUUGGAUAUUUGCUGCUUCUUUGUUAGCUGGAGCCGCCGCGAUGUGGAGUGCAUUGUUGGAGCCGAGGAGGUCACACAUCUGGAAGAGGCGGCUUUGUUCAAGACGUCCGUCAAAGGCAAUGUGAUCGUUCAUGAUAUCAUCCGAGCAAAAGGGCUGAGUAUGUCUGAAUCCAGUAGAAUUACAGAUAUGCAAUCCUGGGUCGAUGUUGUUGUCGAGAAUAAGCAGGGGCUCGAUCAAAUCAAAGGAGUUUGGUUUAGCAGGGAGGAGACUGAGGCUGCGUAUGAAAUUGAUGAAAAUCACAUUCUUUCAAUGAAAAAAUCGUUGAGAGUUCUGGCUUUGGGGAACAAAAUAAAUGUAUCACGAUCAGGCCAAAAGACACCCAAAUUUAAAGAACUGAGAUUUCUCCGAUUAGAUGGCGACAUCUCUGGCCUAUGGCCAGUGAAUUUGGAAUCUCUUGAACGACUGGCUGUGUUCCAUGGCCCUGUCUUUAAGGAUGGUGUGACUCUGUAUCGGUUACCCAAGAAGCUACGGCUGAUGAAAGCUACCGCACAAUCUCAGGAAACUGCAAAUUUGGAGGAGUCCAAGCCUGCCAACGUAGUAAAAAAUUCUUCCUUAGAAGAAUUGGAUUUAAAAGAAUUGAAAAGUCUCCAGAAGUUACCCGAAAAGCUGGAUCAUUUAACUGGCCUCAAGGUUUUGAUAUUAGAUGAAUGGGAUAAAAUGCAGGAGCUGUCUGAACAGGUAUGUGAACUGCGUUCAUUACGUAAAUUGAGCAUCUGUGGUGGCAAUUCUUUGAAGAAUCUGCCAAACUCCUUUGGUCAAUUAAGUUGGUUAGAAGACUUGAUCUUAACAAGUUGUAAGGAACUGGAAGAAUUGCCCUCAAGUUUUGGAGACCUGAGUUCUCUAAAACAUUUGAAUCUAGCAGAGUGUGUUAAGUUAAAGGAACUUCCAUCAAGCUUUGGAAAAUUAAGCUCUUUGCAGAUUUUAAAUUUAGAAAGCUGCUGGAAAUUGGAAGCCUUGCCUUCUAGCUUUGGGCAACUAUGUCAGUUAAAGAGGUUGAGCCUGCGGUCAGACGAUCUUAAAGAAUUGCCUUGUAGCUUUGGGGAACUUAGCUCAUUAGCAGAGCUGAAGUGUACCUGUCCGGAACUGAAGGAAUUGCCUGUUAGCUUUGGGCAGCUUUCUUCUUUAACACAAUUAGAUUUAAGUUGUUGCAUGAAAUUGAAAACUUUGCCGUCGAAGGUGGGAGAACUUAGGUCAUUACAAGAUUUCAAUUUAUCGGUUUGCUUCAAGCUAGAAGAACUGCCUUCUAACAUUGGGGAACUUCCAUGUUUAACACAGUUAGAUUUAAGGCAGUGUCACAGUUUGAAAGAAUGUCCUAUUUCUGCUCUGAGACGAAGAAAUCGGGGGUUAACUAUUUGGCUUCCGGAUCACCUAAAGGACAAGGAGUCCAUGCCUUCUAAUCAGAGAUGACCAAAUGUUCUCUUUAUUUAUUGCCUGUUUGGCAGAGGUGACCAAAUGUUCUCUUUAUUUAUUGUCUGUGUGGUAGAAAUAUGUUUGUAAAUGCUGUCCAAAAUAUGUCUGUAUGGCAGAAUUAUCUCUGCUUGUGUUUCUAAAAUAUGUUUCUACAUUUAAUAAAGCAAAAUAACAUUGGUUUUUUU